AUGUUCGCAACCCAGCUUCAGGCCUUGGCCGCCGACGCAGAUACGCCGAUGGAUACGCAGAAACAACUCCCCGAGCUCAACGAGAGUCGCUACUGCACCGAAGUGCUGCAACUCUCCAUCGACAAGCCCGAGCUUGACCUCGACUGUGAGCUACUCGCGCGAGCCCACACCGUCGGCAUCCAAGCCACGCUGCCAUCUCUCGGUAAGAAACGCGAACGCAUCAGAUCCAUCGCCACGUCGGAAUCCACCACGUCGGAAUCCACCACGUCGACCUUUCCGGAACGGUCAUCCUCUUUGGCGGCAUCCGACGGCACUGCCAGUACCUGUCUGUCCCCAGGCUCGUCCAUCAUUGGCACCCCGAGUUCGACUACGGACCCAGACCUGGCCGCCAACACCGGCUCGGCUUCGGUCAUUAAGGAAGCGAAGUCGCCGAGUUUUGCCUCGUACGACAAGUACUUGGCCGGGCUCGUGCGAGUCGCCCGAGACGCGAUCGGGGACGCUUCCAACAGAAAGUCCACCAACGCGGCUGAUGGCGGUGUCUUCUCCGCCAUUGGCGCCAGUAAGAGCCUGUCGGCCAUUAAGCACCGCAUCAGGCUGCGGAAAAAACCUCCCCAUUCCUCGGAAUCGGCCGACCCAUGCCAGAGCGGUGGGCUCGAUCUGAAAAAGUCGACGCCGCUGCUCCAACCUCCCCCGUGCGGUCAUGCUCGCUGCGCCGAGUGCGUUCGCCCGCUGGUCGACGAAGCGUCAGCCGACCCGUCCAAGGUGCCUCCAAGCCGCUGUUGCCCGAAGCCGUCAUCUGUCCUCCAGGCCGUGGUCGAGCCGAUGAUGCAGGACGACUUCCUCCGGGCCGUGGUCGAGUUCGCCGCGCCCGGAGAGUCGGGACUGCUUUGCUCCAACUUGUCGUGCGCAGAGUUCAUCCCCCAUCGGACACACGUCAACCCCAACAGGCCCCUGGCCGCCACAUGCCGCAAGUGUCUAACCCUCGUCUGCACCAUCUGCAAGCACGAUGCACACCCCAUCGGUGCAGGCUGCCCCGAGGAUCUGGAGGUCGAGUCGGGCUCCAAGGACGGCGACAGGCCGGCUGUGCGAAGAUGCUACCGGUGCCGGACCCUGGUCGUCAGGCCUCGGGGGUCUGCGUCGUUGACGUGCGACGAUUGCGAGGCCCAGUUCUGCUCCAUGUGCGGCGGCGUCUGGGACUCCACCGGCAACGGCUGCCCCAACAUUUGCUGCAGUGAUGAGGUGGCAGACGUGCACGGGGACGACGGCGGUCAGUCUGCAGAGGAACGGGAGCAGGCCGAAAGCCGCACAGCACAGCAUGCCGCUCUUCAAGGGUUACGACGAGAACAGGAACGGGAGAUGCAGCGCUUCCUUGCCUUCAAGGACCAAACCAAGCACGCGAUGCACGGCCGACAUCUGGAGAGCGAAAAUACGAGGCGAACCAAGAGGGCGGCCCAGGACGCCGCGACCGAGGAACGGCACGCGGCCGCCACCACGCAGCUCGAAGACCGCCAGGUCGCCGAAGAGAUGGAGUUGCGGGCGUGUCUGGAGCAAAGCGCGCGGACCCUGACAUUUCGUAUCAAACACAUGGAGGCGUACUGCGAAGGCCUUGGCCGCAAUACCAUCGCCGACGCCGACGCCGAUGUUGACGUUGCCGUUGGCGCCGAUGCCAGGAAUCAUGCUCUGCUGCCCCCCCGCGUCGUCACCGAGCAGAAUCUCCGUGACCUUGGCCGCCAAUACAACCUCAGGGACAGCCUAGAAACUCGCCAUCAGGCAAAGAUCAACAUGAUGCGAGACCGCCAGGCCCAUGCCAUGGAUGAACUGCUGGAGUGCCAAGCCGACGAGCUGCAGGCCCUAGCCGGGCAGCAGGGGCGGGAGCGGGACGAGCUUGAGGCCGAAUUUACGCGCGAGGAAGCCGUCAUCGAUGGAGUCUUUGAAGAGCGCCGCACAAGGUUAGUGGCACGAUGGAGCCUCGCCAUCGAGGUGCUUUGCAAGGAGCUCGAGCAAUGCGAUGGUUUGAGGUACGCGUCGAUGUCGUUGCCGACCUGGGCUCACGACAGGACGACGGAAUACAAAGAGUCGGCUUCCGCGAGCAUGACUGAGGAGAGCAGUGCUACUUCUAGCACCAUACCUCCUAUCUAUACUAGUACUCCCAGUACUGCUACUAGCACUCAACCAUGA